AUGUUAGCACAAAAAUUUUCGCUUUUUCUCGACAAUGUAAUAGCAAAACCAGAAACUUUUUUGAAAGAAGAUCAAAAUGCAUACGUUGAGGCUCUAAAUAUCGCAAAAGACUUACAUAAUUUAGGUAUAAAAGAAAAACGAAAGGAGCCAUUACAUUGGCAGGAAAUAAUAGAUAAUGAUCCGGUUGAAAAGCUAGUAAUUGAUAAGCUUAAUAAUGAACAAAUAUGGGACGAAAUUGAUAAGCAAAAUAAUCCAUUCUUGAAAUACGUUAAUGAUGAAUUGGAUGCACUUGAUGAUUUUUUUGAGCAACAAUCCGUGCCUGAUGAACAAGAGAAUGAUGAGGAUGAUAGUGUAUUAAAUGAUUUUGAAUAUGAUUCAUUAGAGAGCAAAAGAAUGGAAAAUCGUGUACAUUCCGAAUCAUCAGACAACAAUGACAUGGAUUUUGAAGAUGAACUCUCUGAAGAUGUGCAAGAUGAUGAUGAGGACGAGAAAGAUAGUGUUAAAGAAGUAUCGAACAAAGAUACUGAUGGUUUGAAUGUUGGUUUUUUUAAUUUGGAAGAAUUUAAUAAGAACACAGAAGAUGGCGUUAAUUUGUCAGAGGAGGAUGAUGAAAUAGAUUAUUUUGCAGAUCCUGAUGGACUAGACAAUGAAUUAAAUGCUAAUGAUAUUAUGUAUAAGGACUUUUUUGAUCCACCGCCAAAAAAAAAGCGGAAACAAAAUUCUUCUAAUAAUUUAAGAAGCAAAUUAGAUAUUGAUAAUAAUGAAAACGAUUAUGAGCAUGAUAAUGAAUCCUUGAAUAAUUUGGUCUACGAUCUAUUUGCUAAUACGAACGAUGACGAAGAGGAUGAAAUUCUGAAAUCUUCUUUCGAUAAAAAACAAGAAAGAAUACAAAAACAAAUCGAACAGUUAGAAAUGGAGAAUGCUGCUGAUAAGGAUUGGACACUUAUGGGAGAGGUAUCAGGCAAACAUAGGCCACUAAAUAGUUUAUUGGAGGAGGAUUUAAAAUUUGAUCAUAUUGUUAAGCCAGUUCCUAUUAUCACUGAAGAAGUUACGAUGAAGCUUGAAGAUAUGAUAAAACAAAGGAUUUUGGACGAAACGUUUGAUGACGUCGAACGUAAACAAGAUCCAAAUUUUAGGCCAUUUCUACCUUCAAAAUUAGUUGAACUGUCUAAUGAACAAUCUAAAAAGUCUUUAGCAGAAAUAUAUGAGGAAAACUAUGUUAAACAAACGUCUGAUAUACCAGAUGAGAAGGAUGAAUCGUUAAAAAAAGAACAUCAGGAAGUCGACAAUAUGUUUAAAGAAUUAUGUCAUAAAUUGGAUGCUUUGAGUAAUUUCCAUUAUACACCCAAGCCUCCUAGACCCGAAAUUACUGUUAUUGCCGAUGUACCAGCUAUAGCUAUGGAGGAAGUAAUACCGGUUCAUGUUAGUGAUGGUACAUUACUUGCACCUGAAGAAGUAUAUGAUAAGAAAAAACAAGAAGUCAAGGGUGACACUGAAAUGGAUUCAAAUGAGAAAAAACGAACACGCGCUGCAAAAAAACGGUUAAAGAAAAAAGAAAAGAAGUUAAAAGAACGUGAGAGAAAAGUUGUCGAAAAGAUGAAUCUUGGAUUAGGAAACAAGCAUGCAAAACAGAAAAUGAUGGAUUCACUAAUAGGUCAAAAGAUGGGAAGAAGGCUUCUGCUUCGAAACAAAAGAAGCGAGAAAUCAACAUUCAGUCUACAAAUCUGA